GCGAACGCGCUGAACCUUGGUCGAACACUGUUGCAAUUCUUCACAUACGGGGAAUUGAUGCCUUCUCGAUUGAUCUUUUGGGACCCUUCUACGAUUUCGGCCCUGCUAUCCCAUACAUUUUCCUCUUUUUGAUUCGAUCUUGCCUCCUGUCCAGCGCCGGUGGCGCGUUCCUGCUCCUCAGAUCCCUGACCAGACCGCGACCAUGGUCGACUACUCGAAGAAGACAGUGGUUGAGCUGAUCGAAAUCCUGAAGUCGCGGAGCCUACCACACUCGGGAAAGAAGGCUGAACUUGUCGCAAGGCUGAAUGAAGCAGAUAAAGCUGCCGAAGAAAAUGAGACUGAGAAGGCACCCCCGGCAGAGUCUACCACCGCGCAGCCUGCACCAGCACCAGAAUCCUCAGCAGCACCAGCACCAGCACCAGAAACUACGUCUGAGGAACCCGCAGCCACAGAAUUCACAGCGGCACCUGCAAGCGUGGAUGAAAAGGACUCCCCUUCCGCAAAUACCGACACCGCACUUGCCAACUCGACCUCCUACGCCCUGAACCUGCCGCAAUCAGACGUGGACUCAGAGAUGGCCAAGCGAAAGGCGCGCGCUGAGAGGUUCGGUACCAGCGCAGCCCCUACAAAUGGCGAAACAGAAACAAACGCUACAGACGGCGAUGCGCAGAAAGCUCUGGAGCGCGCGCGACGCUUUGGAACUGGUCAGACAGCCGUGGGAAAGCUGGACGAAGCCUUGCCGGAAGAGCGUGAGCGCGGUUCAAGGAAACGAGGCAGAACCGAAGAGACUGGUGCCAUGGAUGAUCCCGGUCUGAGAAAGAGCUUUGGUGGUCGAGGAGCGCGAGGCCGUGGAGGUCGAUUCCGCGGAAGAGGCGGCAGGGAUAACUCGCGGCGGAGAACGGGAGAGAAGCCUUCUGGGGUCACCAAGCAAGGGGCGUUCUCUACAGACGCGGACCGUGCAGCUGCCGAGGCAAGGAAAAAGAAGUUUGGAACGGCGUCGUGAUUCUUCUCCUCUUCUGUAUCACGGUUAUGAAGUUCUCCUGGUCGUGUUCGUCAACAUCGGGUGGAUGCUGGUGGCUCACUCGUGGAAAAAGCAGCUCGAUGAAAGGGCUUCGCAUCAUUGUAUUCAUACAUAGUUCAUGUAACGCAAAGAAAGGGCUAGUGAAAUUGGACGUCGUCUCGUUAUGGGAUUUCGGUAAAAGACACAUCGGGACCUUGGUCUUGUGCUGCUUCCAAUUAUGGGGAAUAUGAACAGGAUUUACACCAUAGGGAGGUAGAGACAUGUGUUUUCGCAAGGGUGGGAAAAUUCACACAUUAGUUCAUCUCAUCAACAGAGGAGGGGAACACGAGCUUUGUUCACAUGUACCUUUUUGCGCCUUGGCUGUGGGCGCAGUCGCUC